AUGAGUUUAGUUGCUACUGAUACUUCAUUAGAUGUGGAUCAUAAAGCUAUACAAUUAUUUGAAAAAGCUAUUGAAAAAGAAUCACAAGGUUUAAUGUCUGAAGCUAUACAAUUUUAUAGACAAGCUUUUAAAUUAAAUGAACAAGUUGAUUCAUUAUAUAGAUCAAUACAUUUACCCAAGGCAAUAAAUCAAUAUAAAUCAGAAAGAGGUAAAAACGCAAUGCAUAAUGUUGAUGAUUCAAAAGUUGCUGAAAUAAAUGUAGAUAAAUUAAUUCAAUCAUUUGAACAUAUAGAUGCGAAUCCACCAAAUCCUGAAGAUGAAUUAAGUAUAAAAAUUUCCAAUUUAGAGUUGAAUGCAAAACUUAUAUCUCCACUAGUUCACUUACCUAAUGAUAUAUGGAUAUAUAUACUAGAGAUAUUAGUUCAUAUCAGUCCCGAAUCUUGGUUUAGAAUGUCUAUAACUUGUAAGAAAUUUGCCUACCUAGGUUUUAAUAAUUCAAUUUGGAGAGAGAUUUGUAAUUUAGUAUACCCUAGACAGAUAUAUGAAGAGAAUAAAUAUAGGAAACUAAAUGAUUCUGAUGAUGAUUUACCAAUACCUAAAAAUCAAUUAAAAAUUAUUCCACAAUAUAAAUCAUGGAAAUUAAUGUUGAAUCAACGACCAUUUAUAAAAUUUCUUGGUUGCUAUAUUAGUGUUAUUAAUUAUUAUAGUGAAGGUGGUAAAUCUGAAUUUAGUAGUUCUUGGUCAAAUCCAGUUAGGACCAUAACUUAUUAUAGAUAUAUGAGAUUUUACCCCGAUGGAACAGUAUUAAAAGUCUUGUCGGUGUUACCACCAGAUCAAAUAGUUCCAUAUUUACAUAAAUCAAAUAAAUCAGUACCUAAUAUAAUUGAAGAUAAACCUGUAUUUACUCAUGAUGUGAAAGAAAGUCAUAAAAUAUAUAAAGGAAAAUGGUCAGUUAGUGCAGAUGGAGAAGUUAGUAUUAUAAUUGAAAAUGGUUCAGUUCCUUAUUAUACUUUUCAUUAUAAUUUUCAAAUAAAGUCAUUAGGUGGGAUAAAGCAUGGUAAAUUAAGUUGGAUUAAAUAUUAUGCAAUUAGAAAACAAAUUAAUGAACAAGAUGAUGAUGAUAGAAUUGGUGAAAUUUCUGAAUUUUCAAUUAGAAAUGAAAAACCAUUUAAAUUCCUGAGAGUAAGAAGUUAUAUAUUGGAAUAA